AUGCUCUGUUGCUGGGGCCGUUACGAGAGCCCGGAACCCCAGGCACGCCGGAGACACCGGAGACAUGAGCACCGGAGACACCACCAGCAACACGAGCCCCAUGGGCAACAGGAGCCCCAAGGACAGCAGCAGUACGAGGGACAGCAGCUGUAUCAGGAAGGCUAUGGACAACAAGGAGACCCUAGAUAUCAGGGACACCAGCACAACGACGAGUAUGAAUUGUAUAAUAUACGCAACCAGGGGGUCAAAACACUGGAAGACGCUGGCUACAAGGUCUCAGACCCAUUUAAGGAACGGUAUCCCUGGGCAGGCAAAGAUGUGUGGCUCCACGACGUUAUUCAUCCGGGUCCGACGGGAGAUAAUGUCAUCGCAAGACUUGGUGUCUGGGACAAACCUGGUCAGCUAGUCAUACAGAGAAUCUACAGAAUAAAUGACAGGCGACCGGACGACAGCAAACCCCAUGCCAACGAAGUCGUUUUGAGAUUUUGGGGACUAUUCCUUGGUCGGGACAUCACAUCAAUCAGAAGUCUAUUCUUCUGUGAUGUGCAAAACGAUUCUUUGAAGAAGGCAAAGGAACGUGUAUAUGCAGAAAUGGGCAACAUUGACAGCAGGCGGUCGCUCGUCAUACGUGGUGGGCAAACGGGGAUCGAAGAGGCACAAUACAACGGACUUUACUACGGUACGAAGUUUGGUCGGAUUGCGCGGAGGAUCGUUGAAGAUAACGACUUCAUGAGACGGGCGGGACUUCGAGUCAUCGAGUUCAGGUUCCUAGCAAUCGCCCACCAGUAUUACGAAGACGAAAAUAGUGAGGACAGUGGAGGCGAGGACGAGAACGAUGAUUAUCAUUUCGAGAUAAUUUUGGGUUGA